AGACCAAGUAGUUUCUAGCUUUUUCUUUCAACACUUCAAGCCGUCGCCUUUGCUUUUACAACUAUCACAAUAUUCAGCGAUUCAGUAGCGGACUUUAUCUGUGUACACUUCGCUUUUAACAAUGCCUCGGGGCGGGAAGAGGGGCCACAAGGGCAGAGGGAAGCAAUUCAGCAACCCUGAUGAGAUUGACCGACAGAUGAGAGCACAGAAAGAGUUGGAAGAAAAUCCUGGUGCAGACAAGGAGAGCUCUGCAGAUUCUGAUGAAGAGAGCAGCAGUGAAGAUGAAUCUGACUCCAGGAAGAGGAGUGGAGUGGAGGGGCUUAUAGAGAUCGAGAAUCCCAACCGUGUGUCUCAGAAGAGCAAGAAGGUGGCUGAGUUAGACGUUGAUGCUCCCAGAGAGCUGUCUCGGAGGGAGAGAGAGGAGAUCGAGAAGCAGAAAUCAAAGGAACGCUACAUGAAGCUCCAUUAUGAGGGGAAGACUGAGCAGGCCAGGGCCGACCUGGCCAGACUGGCCAUCAUCAAGAAACAGAGGGAGGACGCUGCCAAGAAGAGAGAUGAACUCAGGAAAGAAAAAGAAGCUGAAGAAGCCAAAGCAAAGCGCUAGUCCACUACCUGAAAGCUUCAACAUGCACUUGUCUCAGAGGGAUGGAGAGAGACGGAGAUCUGGAGGAGGAGGAGGAGGAGAAGAGCGGGGAGGGGGACGAGUACGAGUGGCAUCAGAUCAGGGGUGCUCCUGAACUCC